ACUCCCCCUCCGGCACAAGCCGGUCCCCGCCCAGCCGGCUUCCGCCGGGAAUGAAGAUCGCUGCGGUUGGCUCCUGUCCCGCGGACCCCACGCAAGUCCGUGGAGCCCUCGGGCGGCUUCUGAGAGCCCCUCCCACCGCCCUGAGCCCCACUGAGGUCGUUUCCAUUGUCCUCUCCAACGCGGGCUCUGGAACACGCGUGUGAGCCCUCUGCUGAUGCCCAGACUGCCCUUGUGCCGCUGUCACACCGUGCGUCCCCCGCCCCAUGGAGCCGCCCGCUGGUGCCGCGGAGACCGUACAAGAUCCUGCAGCCAGAGACCAUGACCCUGUUGACACCAAGGUCUCGGCGCCCGCCGCGGACCCCCCAACCAGGACAUCGACACAGAAAGCGGGACAUUCGUUACAAGAUUGGGACACCAUAGCCACCGUGGGAACUGGAACCUUUGGCCGUGUAAACCUGGUGAAGGAGAAGACAGGCAGGCGAUAUUGUGCAUUGAAGAUUAUGAGUAUACCAGAUGUCAUUCGCCUAAAGCAGGAACAACAUGUGCAGAAUGAGAAAGCAGUACUGAAGGAAAUAAACCAUCCUUUCCUCAUUAAACUGCACUGGACAAGCCAUGACAACUACUUUCUGUACAUGUUGAUGGAGUUCGUGCCUGGUGGUGAGCUGUUCACCUACCUACGUAAUCGUGGCCGCUUCUCCUCCGUUGCUGCAAUCUUCUACGCCACAGAGAUCGUGUGUGCCAUAGAAUACCUACACUCCAGGGAAAUUGUUUACAGGGACCUGAAACCUGAAAACAUCCUUCUAGACAGGGAAGGACAUAUCAAACUCACGGACUUCGGCUUCGCCAAGAAACUGGUGGAUAGGACAUGGACUCUCUGUGGGACACCAGAAUAUCUCGCCCCAGAAGUCAUUCAGAGCAAAGGUCAUGGAAGGGCUGUGGACUGGUGGGCACUGGGCAUCCUUAUCUUCGAGAUGCUGUCUGGGUUUCCCCCAUUUUUUGAUGACAACCCGUUUGGGAUUUACCAGAAAAUCCUUGCAUGCAAAAUAGAUUUCCCCAGACAAUUGGAUUUCACCUCUAAGGACCUCAUCAAGAAGCUGCUGGUGGUGGACAGGACCCGGCGCCUGGGCAACAUGAAGAACGGGGCAGAAGACAUCAAGCGGCACCGCUGGUUCCGAGGUGUGGAGUGGGAGACCGUGCCACAGAAAAAACUGAAGCCACCCAUUGUGCCCAAGUUAUCCGGUGAUGGAGACAUCUCCAACUUUGAAACUUAUCCAGAGAGGGAGUUGGAGAAGACCCCUUCUGUAUCUGACAAAGACCUGGAAACAUUCAAAAAUUUCUGAGGAUGAGAACUCAUGUCUGCAAGAAGGUUUGGUAUGUAUAUCCAGGUUCCUGCAAAGUCAACACAAUCAUCACCCUUGGGACCCAGCCUCAUUUCAACAACCAGAAACCUGCCCAGUGGGAAUUUCGCAAAAACAGUUAAACUGUAGGUUUUCUCCUUCUUCAUGAGUCUUGUGUUUUUGUGCUGUGAAUUUAGUCAGUCAGUUAGGUAGUUAGUGUGUUUGUUUGUUUGUUUGUUUGUUUGUUUGUUUUUCUACUGAACUUUUUAAGUUUGAAUUUCACCCAUUUGAUUAUAGCUGUCCAUGUGUACGUGCACAGAAAUUGUGCAAACUGGAAAUUUUGGCACGUUGAUGUGCCUGUGACAUAAUCAUUUUUCAAAGCUUUCUGAAAAAUCUGUCGCCCUGCAGGCAAAAACAAAAGGGUGAGAUAUAUGCAUUUUUAAAAUGCCUUUCUAUCUAUUUUGCAAUCAUUUGUGUGCACUGUUUAUGUAGUUACUGUUUGUUUAUUUAGUUCCUUUCUGGUCACUUUGAACUUGGAAGUCAGGAAGCCACAUGUCCUGUAGACCCUUAUUCAGAUAUAGCACAAAUGUGUGGCUUUCCUCAAAUCUUCCAGUUUAAAUGUUUUCAGUAAAAUAGCCCUUCCUAAAGUUAAGCCAGAACUCUGCAUACAGCAUUAGCUUCAUGGCAACCUGGGUGCAAAGCUUGCCGUUUAAUGAUAAUAGAAAUGUAUCCGUAUCCCCAGAAGGGAACUUUAAGGAUCCACCCCUUAAGCUCCUCCCUCCUCUGUUGUAAAUGACAUUUUCUUCUCACCAUCUCAACUUUGUUCUCCCAGCCAUGUCCGUCCGUGAAAACUCAGGUUCCAGGCCGGGAGCGUCUAUGAAAGUUUGUACAGAGCCGUGUAUUUAGUGAGCUUUCCCAGUGCUUUCCAAUAUGCAAACUAACUUGGUUGUGUACCUCAAACAAACAAACACAUACAGGAGAUAGAAUUGCAGGAUUAUAAUCAAGUCCUGUCAAUAGAUGUUUGCUAUUAAGUAGGAAAUAACAUAACGUUAGCAUAGGAAACAUUGCCUUAAUUCUGAACACACAUGAGAGAUCACACGUGUGCACACGCAUCCUCUGUGUGCUCCUAAAGCACUUUGCAAUCUGACUCCAAUCCUAAAAAUCAAAUUAAAAACCCCUAAUCAGGCUGUAAAUUAUACCAUGUGAUGUCACUGCGGUGACAUCAGACAGCACAUAGGAAUCAUAAAUUUUUAUUUGAAUAGUUUUAAUUCUGUGUGUACAUGUGACCGCAGUACACACAGCCAGCCAGUGCACCAGAGACCCUCCAGCUGCCUAUAAAGGCAGUUGUGUGCCGCCCUGUGGAUGCUGAGAGCCCAACCUGGAUCCUGUGCAAUCCACAUAGUUAACAUGCAAAAAAUAAAUUUGGAAGAGGUGGUGGGGAGAGCAACCACGAAAAAGGAUAAAGGAAAUAUGCCCUGUUCUUCACUCUGAGUGCACCCAAUACCUGCAAUAGGAUAGUUAAUAAAUUCCUCAGGUGGUAGCUUGAUUCAAACCAAGUAUAAAAGAUAAAGUAAUCACUAGCCAAUAAUAACCUAAAAACAAGUUUCCAUGCUCUUCAACUAAGACUGUCUUAAAUGUUUAGUACAGAUAAAGUACUAAGUGCUGUGGAUUGGUGCUUGUCUCACCUAACUAGCUGUUACAUGUUACACUGUAAAAUGUGAUUUGAUGGCUAAAUACUGUUCACAGGACCCUCAGGCUGUGCAAAUAUCCCAACAUUGGACCAAAACAUACCAAUCACCACUGUGUUGCUAGGUGAACUCAAGUGAAGAUUUAGCAUUGUGUGGGUCUAGAUGUUGAGGUGAAAAUCGCAGAAAGGGUCACACUCCUGACUGUAGAUUUGAAAUAUGUUGAUUUCCUGGGAUUUUUUUUGUUUUUUUUUUUGUUGUUGUUGUUGUUACUGUUUUUGAUGAAGCUCCAUAAGAAGCAUUUGAUGAACAUCUGUCACCUGUCAUUCUUAUUUGUCAGACACACUGUAAACCACCUGAAAAUUAUAAUGCAAAGUCAAGGUUUAUGUGUGGGUUGGUACCCCCAUCAGUUUGGGGGGGGCCCCCAUUAGUUUGUGUGUAUCCCCAUCAGUUUAGGGGGAGGAUCUGCUCCUCAAUUAUUAUAUUUUCCAAUCAAAUCUGCCUUGUGAAUCUCACAACCUUGCAUCUGACCUCACACUGUCAUUUGGGAGGUGAGGGAGUUACUCCAGUUGGUUAUAUAAAUAGACAUCAUUACCUGUGUGACUUAUAGGAAGUGAGCAGCGCUCCUGGUCCUCACAGGUCAGACUUAAACCCCCUUGUCAACCUCUGUUCUUCUCAGAGUGUGGGGCUCACCACUUGACCUGCUAUAACACAGGUGCCACAUGCACUGCGCAGGUGCACCCCGCUGCUGCCGAGCACCUGUCAGCUUGCCUGAACUUACCAUGUAGAAUGAAAAAGCCUGGUUUUUUUUCUUACUUUCUAAUCCUGAUGCAUAAUUAUAAAAAAAAUCACUGUGAUUUUUGUAUAUAUCUAUCUAUAUCUCUAUAUUUGCCCCAGGAAAACGUUUUCUGCUGUCUAAUUUAUAAAAUACUAUUAUUGAGUCCAGGUUUGUUUAAUAAAAGUUUGUAUGUUUU